AUGAGUGGACCAGAAUGUGCCACCCUUCUUGGCUCAUCAAUACUAAGCACAAGGGACAUCAACGGAUUACAGGGCAUAGAUGCGGUUGAGCUCAGAACAGCGUUGAGCGAAAUGCACAAGCUCAAGUCACAAUCGUUAAUCGAGGGUGCUGAAGAGUAUAAGGAGGAUUACUUGUCGUCUUCUGGAGAUGUGAAGAUGAUGUUGUCACAGGUGUUGGAUGAAAGACUGCGCCGAAUACUAGAUGGUUCUAUGAGAGGCAGUUACACUGGGGUUAAAUUCUCUGAGGACCUUGCUCAGGAUUUGAAACAGAAUUCUGACUCACUGAGCUAUAUCAAGCUGAGGGUAAUUAUAGAGAGGGCGAUUGCAGAUGUACACAGCAUUCUACAGAGGAACGGCGCGGAACUGCUUUCUCCUCAUGAACUGUUGAAAUUGAAGCAGGAGAAACUCAGAAUAGAGGGAUUGAUAUCAUGUGCAGAAGAUCUAGACCAUACCGAACUUUACAGAUCGUUGAACGAGGUGAACGAGCGAUUGACUAAUCACAAUCUGCUAUCUACCUCUAUGGGACAACUGAGUGAUCCGUUGUUUGACGGGACUACAGAGACUGUUCGCGGCACAAUCAGAUUCGACAAUGCAGAAUCGCAUACCACAUCAAGGAGCUCAGUCAGUGCAGGAAACUGGGACACCCAAGAGACCAACCGGGCCCUCGAAGACCUCUUGUCGUUGGUGAUGUCGCUUUCCAUCCAGAAGAACAUUGAAUUAUCGCAACCAGAUCCGGAGAUUCUUGGGUCAUUAUCAGGGAAGAUCAACUGGGCCACCAACUGUGUUGACGAAAUCAUGAGGUCCGAUUUGCAAUUUUCGCCUUCAUCCGAUCAGGCACCAAGGAGGUUGAAAUCUGUCAGGAACGCAUACAGCGACAGUGAGGAGCUGCUGAAACUUCGUACGGCUGUCAAGGACCUCAACUUUUCGCAGAAGUAUCUUGGGAGACAGUUCGAGGAUGAAAGAGCACAAUAUCACCAGACGAUCUCGACUCUGAGAAAGAAUUUGCAGGGAGCACAGAACUUGCUGGUGAAGUCCAACUCGGAUCUCACUCAGCAGGCCAACCAGGUAUUGAACAUGGAGCUCAAGCUGAAUGAGGUGGAAUCGCAGUUGAUGUCGAAGAAGUCUGAGCUUUUGCAGCUGACGAAGGAGGUCAACCUUUUGAGAGUUGAUUCCCUGGGCACCUUCAAUGCCAAGGCACUUUCUCCGCAACAAGGACCGACGACUCCCACGUUGCCAAACUUUGAUUCGCCCAAUUCUCCAAAUAAGAGCAAUGUGAGUGUGUCUAUCCUCAAGGCUGAGUUCAAAAAACUGGUCACCAAGAUCAACGAGAAGUAUGAGAGUGAUCUUAACGCAGAGCGUACCGAGAGAAUGAGGCUUCAGGAAUUGGUGAAAAUGUACGAGAAAGGAGGCCAUUCUCCGAGACAGAAAUAG